GUUCCCCAUCACUUUUCAUCAAGCAGCCAAAAAACAGCUGGCUAUCGCUAUCGCCCGUUAUUGACCAAUGGCGUUGCUCUAUCCUUUACCUCGGAUCGAGAGUCUCUAAGGACUGAGGUAUUCAAUCAACAAUGCUUUGUCCAGCGAGCUGCUAUGCCUUUGUCACUUGUUUGGCGUAUUUCGCCUUUCUUUUUGCUCUUUGUCUUUGAAUUUAAUCCAAUCCCGCUUUGUGCGUUCUUCCUUAGUAUUCAGUAUUUAAAGCUAGUAACUUCCACAAAGCUUCUGUCUCCCUUUUGUGCACACCGAUCCAAUUACGCGUUUCUCGGAAAAUCCCAGAACCUUCGAUUCCAGAAGUACCAAAUUCGCAUAUUCCGUCUACAGUGGACUGACAGUAUGGAGGCCUUCUUGCGGCAGUAUCCCGAGUUCGCCAACGGCCCUAUCACGAACCCGCCGCCAUCUGCAAUGCAAACCGCGUCGAUACCCGUUUGGCAAAGUGCUACCACAUCGCUCAGCAGAUUCUCUCCCCCUUCGGUACCCUUCAUAGCUGGAAUCCUACUGAUAUCCCUUCUUCUCUGCAUCAUCACGUAUAUGGCUUCUUUGCUGGUCGUUGAGCAUGAGCUUGGUGGGUACGGACUGCUGACCGUUACUACCGCUGUUAGGUGGCGCGAGCUAACCACAAGGCUCAAGCGGGCCCGUGCUCAGGUCGCGAGCCUUAAAAGGCAGACUGAGUGGUUGGGGAGCCAGUUGAGGACGGAAAUGGGUAAGAAAGCACAAGCCCUAUUGGAACUAGAAAACACAAGGCGGGACCUGCAGGCGGGUACCGACCACAACAAGGAGAAUGCAGGGGAAAACCGCGCGACUAAUGACACCAUCGAGGCGUUAAAGAAGGAGUUGGAAGAAACUAAGACGGAGCUCCGUGAUUCUCGCCAACACGGAAAGAUCUUGGAAGACGACCUCCAGCGGAUGGAGGCCAACAUGCAGGUCGAUCGGGACACCAUCAAGGAGCUUCGCAGACAAUUAUCGGUCCAUGGUAAGCAGGAGUAAGGAGGACCGGGAUGAAUGGAAAGCUGUGGCGAGUGACAACAUGAGCAAGAUCCAAGACUCGGACGAGGAGAAGCUGAUGCUGAUGCAGAAGGGUACGGCAGUAAAUAUGGCGGUAUGGGGUAAAUCAUGAGGAAUUGGCAUCCGAAAGGCUUAAGUGGACUAUGAGAUGCGGGUGGAGUGUCGGGGAUGGGGACUAGGGAUAGCCGGAAACAUGGAAGAUCACGACGAAUGUUGGAGGUAUGUUGAACGGUAGGUGCUUUGUUAACUUUGUUGCUUCUGGUCAUUCGUUUCUCAAUGUGUUUUCCCUAGUAUAUCAUAUUGCGACUUCAAUCUCAUCCGU